AUGAAGAUCCUAACUGGUCAGAAAACGUUCAAGUGUCUGCCUCCUCUGAACCUAGCGACGUGUACAAAAGAGGAUAUAAAGGAGUACUUUAACAACAGUUACGACCUCAAUGAAAGCCUAUUCCUAGCCCUGAAAGAUGAAAGUGUGUUCUACGUGUACCCGGAUAAACUCCGACUCCCCCUCAUCUUCUACUACGCUCACACGGCUGUGGUCUUCAUUAACAAGCUCAUCCUGGCUGGGCUUCUGAGGAAACGAAUCAACUUGGAAUACGAGACGAUGUUCGAGACUGGGGUGAAUGAGCUCGCCUGGGAUGACACGGAGAACUACCGACUCGGCGGACGCCUGCAGUGGCCAUGUUUGGCAGACGUGGUCAAAUACAGGAUAGAGGCUAGGGAACUCAUCCUUAAGGUCAUCGAGGACACCGAGCUUCACCUACCCAUCACCAUGGACAGCCCGUGGUGGGCAGUGAUGAUGGGUAUAGAGCACGAGCGCGUGCACGUGGAGACGUCAUCAGUGCUCAUUCGGCAGUUGCCCGUGGACAUGGUCAGCAAACCAGACGGCUGGAAGUACGGACCCUUGAACGCAGGUGAACCGGUAGUCAAGAACAAAAUGCUGGCUCAAAAUGAAACUACCGUGGUGGAAAUUGGAAAGCCCUCCAACCACCCAUCGUACGGCUGGGACAUCGACUAUGGCCAUGACUCGUGGAGUGUUCCUCCUUUCGAGGCAAACCAGUUCCCUGUGACUAACCGAGAGUUUCUGGAGUUUGUGAAGGAUGGAGGGUACAGCCAACAGGCCUUGUGGACGCAUGAAGGCUGGACUUGGAGGGAAAGUGCCGAAACCAAACAUCCAGUGUUCUGGGUGUGUCGUGCAGGUUUUGAUUUAUCAGACUGUAAUGGCGGCGGUAUUGGUUGUGGCAGUAGCAGUAGCGACGAAAGUGGUAGCAGAAAUAAAGACAGCAACAGCAGCAGCAACACAUGUAUUAACGUAUACAUCAGCUAUUGA